AUGCACGUCUGCUACAGAUCGCCAAUAAAAAGGUUGCCACAAAUAUUACACACUCUGGAUUAUUUAUCGCCACAGUGCCAAAAUGAAGGGUGCUCAGCCGCAUUGAUCAUUCAGGACACGAAAUUUUUGGUUUGCAAACAUCAACUAUCGCAUGCGAGUGACUAUUUUCGUGCGCUAUUUUUGGCCAAUAAAUCGGUACCAAUAUCCGGCGCCUAUCAGAAUUCGUACAAUGAGUUCGCCAUCGUCGUGUCAUCGUUUUCCCAUCCCCCACCAGCCACUCAGUUUAAAUGGUUCCUGGAAAGCGCCAUACAGGCACCUAUUCUAAGCGAUAUCACUGAUGAUACACUGGAGACCUGUAUGAGACUGUCGAAGCGGUUCCGCGCGAAAGGUGUCGAAAUGAGGUGCGCUCGGUAUAUUCAGGAUAAUGUGAGCAAAAAAGCGCCAAUGGUGGCAUUGUGUUGGCUGAACUGGGUACUGAAACACAAAUUCGAUCAAGCAACCCACGAUGCCUGCCUGCCCUGUGUUGCAUCCGCAUCGCUGCGGUGUCUGGAGGAGCACCGCAAUAUGGUCACCGAGAAGUUAUUAGCCGAUUUACUGGCUGCAAAACUCCGGACACUGUACGAUCAGGUGAAUAAACUUGAGCUACUCACUUAUUUGUUCAGCUGGUCAUUCUUGCUGCCUUUCUUAUCAAGCACAGUUAAGCAAGUGCUACUCUGCGCGAAGCUCUAG